AUGGCUUUGGGCUUGCACUUGGACAUGCGACUACAGCGCGUUGCUGACGUGGGAUCCUAUGCUGCACUGCUGACCGCGUGCCGCAGCGGCACCGCCUGGCAGACAUCUUUGGUGCUGUUACAAGAAGCUUACUCUGUGCAGCUGCAGCCCGACACCGAUACCACCAGCUCCAGUGCAGUGAUUUCAGCGUUGACUCGGGCAACGCAGGUAUCCAAGGCACUGAUGGCACGGCAUUUAGCAUCGGAGACACCGAACUUUAAUGCAAUCAUCAUGUCACUUCGCCAUGUUCAAGCAUCCUGGGUGCAUGCCUUCCAUGUUUUGGAGGACAUGAAGAGGCGGCAGAUUUCCAGCGACAUGGGCACGCUAAAAGCGGCUUUGAGCAUCUGUGGCAAAAGCCGCCCCGAGCUGGUUCCGGAGAUAUCCAGACAGCUGCAGAUCCAGCCCGACAUACUUGCAGUGAACAUGAUCGUGGGCUCCAUGGAGAAGUGCCACAGCUGGCAAUCGGCCUUGCGCGAGCUUCGGCUCGUCGGCCAAUCGAGACUAAGGGCAGAGUUGACCACCUACAAUAGCGUGAUCAGCGCGUGCAGUAAGGCCUCGAGGUGGUCCUGGGCACUGCACUUAGCAGCUGUGAUGGGCUCUUCAGCUCUCGAGCCAGACGAGAUCACCUCCGGCAGCCUGAUCACUGCCUGCUCCUCGCAGGGCCGCUGGCUCCUAGCGUUGCAGCUGCUCCAUUCCUCAACACAUGAAAGACCCAAUCUGAUUGCAACUCAUUCUGCAAUCACAGCAUGUGAGAAGGCGGGAAGAUGGAUGUGGUCGCUCCACUUGUUCAGGGAUGCCUUGGCAAGCAGACUCACGCCAGACCUCAGCCUACUGGGAGCGGUCCUGUCCAGCUUCGAAAAAGGACAGCAGUGGGCACGAGCCUUGCUGCUCUUGAGCCAGAUGAGCCAGGAAGGCUUCUCUCCAGACAUUCCUCUCAUUACGUCAGCAAUCAGCGCGUGCGCGAAAGCGCAUUGCUGGGAGAUGACGCUCCUCCUCACCUAUGAGGGUAUGGCUGCUCGUUCCCUGUGUCCAUCAGCGAUCUCGGCUCAAGAUGAUCCGAGACACCCUGAGCCAAUGAGCCAUGAUUGUCAGAGGGAGUGCCAAGGUGAUGGCAAUGAGGAUGAAGACAGUUUGCCAGCAGAGCUUGGCCCAAGCCGUCUGGUGGGUGGCUUGAUUAUACGCGGAAACAAGUGUGUGCUCAUCCGGUCCCUUUCUGGAGAGUGGGAGGGUAUGCGACUGCCUUGGGGCGCUUCAAACAUCGAGCCUAGCUCACGAGCAGCGGUCCAGAUCGCAUCCGACUUGUGCGAGAUCGAGGAGGAGGAGGUGACAACCCUGGAGAUUGCACCCGUCACUAUUGCUGUCCCUGACAUGCCAAUUCUGCUGCACGCCCUGUAUGCCGCGAACCCCCCACCGGCUGGCUCUGCAGCCGAUUCUGACUGUGAAGAUCCAGAGGACGUGUAUGACUGGUACACGUUUCCACGGGCGAUGAGUGCACUGGCGAAGGAUCCCUAUGCCCGUGCUGCGUUGGCCACCAUGGCAUUCGCUUUGGCAGCCGGAACGCUUGGAGGCUUGGUACCAAAGAAGUGGGGCGGCAUCUUUGGCCAGGAGUGGGUGACGCCAGCCUUGCAGCUGCUUCCAGGCCCAGGCUUGGAGCUCGAAGCCGAAGCUUCUGAGGCUGCGGGCAGCUCUGUGACUGCAGGUGCAGUGAGCCGCAAGCGAAAGAUGGACGACGCAGAGAAGCAAGCGAUGUCUGAGUGGAAUCUCGCGCCAAACGAGGCGACCGCAGGAGCGGCCCUGUCGUCCUUGGCAGAAAGUCCGGCGCUGGCUGAGAUCGGGGCGGAGAGGCUGCGUUGCCAGCGCCUGCCUCAGUGCAAGUUCAGCCUGGAGCCUGUGGCUGCAAUGCGACGGUGCUAUGAAAGAGCUCUCAAGAGACCGACUCUCACUAGCCGACCCGGCGAAGGCACACUGGUCACUCGAUACAUUGCGGAGGAUCUGGUCGAUUUGCGAGACCUGCCACCACAGCUUGCACGUGCUGCAAUGUGCGAUUCUUUCUCCCAAGCUCUGCUCGCUGGUUCAGAACGCCAUACCACGCGUGAAAUCAUGAGGCAAGCGGAGCAAGCUUUCUACGAAACGGCAGUGGGAACUGCGCAGGGCUUGGUAGAGCAGCUCGGUCUGAAGGCUGAGGUCAGUGGAUGUGGCUACUUGGAUCGCGACCCAGGAGCUACUUCUGAAAGUCGCAAUAAGCUGCAGAACGACAGGAAGCCACAUCCGGCUUUUGACGUGCCCGGUGAGGCAGAUCUGGUUGGCAGGAUUUGCGAGAUCCUGGCCUUCCACCCAAUCGAGGUCAACAACCUCUCUUCUAGAUUUGCUACAGUUUUCAACCAGGUUGUGCGCAACAGUGAGCACACACCUUUUUCUCCAGAGAAGCGAAACGAUGGCAGCUUCAAGAAGUGGCUGCUGGCUUGUGGCUUCGAGGUUGGACCUCUUUUUGAUCGGAAUAAGUCUUUGGUUUACUUGCCGUCGCCGCGGCCAAAAGCCUCGCAAGGGGACAUCUCUCAACCAAGGCGGCGUUUCCACUGCAUCGGAGGACAAGCAGGAGCCCGGGAAGGAUGCGACGGCCUUACUGGGAUCGCCCAUUCCGUCGAGGAACAGAAGGCAAGCCUCAACCGCCGGUGGGAGGUGAAGCGUGGAGAUGAUGUCCAGCCACAGAACCAGCUGAGUGUGCUGAUGGCAGCGGCUUGCUUUCUGGCAGCGCCGACUGUCUCUCCGGACGCCUCGCCUCCAAAGUCGCAGGCCCGCAAUUGUCCGGACACGACACUGACGUCAGCAGAGCCCGAACCAGAGCGCUCGGAGUCAGCGCAGGAUGAUGCGUCCGAGCAGGACAGUGCAGGCGCUGGACAUGACAUUGAACAGGACGCAGACAUCGAUACAGAGCCGGAAGAGGCAAACCCGGAAGAAUCGGAAGCAGCCUGGGUGGAGGUUCGGUCAGCAGUUGAAGAGCUGGACGAGGCAGACUUUGUCUUGGUUGGUGACACCAGUGCCACUUGGGAAGAGGGAAGGGAUGCCAUGAACUUCCCUGUUCCGUGGCGAUGCCUCCUUCCUCAAGAGGCCGUUGACUUCGUUACAUACAACAACAACGAAAUCUUGGCGAAUCUGUCUGACAACACCGGAGCAUUGAUCGAUGUCUCCGGCAGCCGAGACACUCCAAGUCGCUUGAGCGACCGGAUUGUGACCAUCAGUGGGCAGGCCGAGCAGAAAGCCCGGGCGUGUUUGGGCAUCGUCCAAAAGCUCCGAAAGCUGCAGGAUCUUCUGGACAGCGAGAUUGGAUUCUUUGUCAUCAUUGUCCCAGCAACAGCUAUUCCUGUAAUCGUGGGAAUCAAAGGAGCAACCAUUGCCGAGGUGUUGGAAGGGACUGGAGUCGAGAUCAGCAUUGGCAAAGAGAAUGUCAUGGGUAUGCCAGAUACACCCAUAGGCUUGGAGGGGACUGCAGAGCAGGUGACAACCGCAGUGGCAAACAUCCAUAAGGUUGUGCAGGACAUGGCCGAUCGUGGCAGGCUUCUGCCUGCAGACUUCAAGUACCGGCCGGAGAAGGCAGCUGCUCAGCUGGCUGCGGGUGCUGGGGCGCACUUGCCCGAAGUCACGCUGCCGCCCAUCGACCACAAUCUCUUCUAUGGUAUGGACCCAACGCAGAACUUCCGCACGAAGGCUAAGAUCGUCGUUGACACAGGGCUGGCAGGUAGUGGUAUUGAGAUCAAGAAGGAAGACGGAGUGUACCGAACACCGCUCCUGAAGAAUCGUAUUCCGGAGCCGGAAAAUCAGGACUGCGCGGCCAACAGCUCCAAUGCCCUUUCUCCCGCUCAUUGGGAUGGGCGUCUGGUCUGCCGCCUUGCUGUUGACAUAGGUGGAACGUUCACUGAUGCAGUGCUGGAAGACGGUGAAGAGAUUACUCAGCGAUAUCCGGUCAAGGUGCUGACAACUUCUCAACGCCCCGCAAAGGGCUUUGUGGAUGCUGCGCUCCGUGCUGUGAAGGCUGGACAGCGUUCGCCACAGCAAGUUCGAUUGGUUCUUCAUGGCACCACACUGGCAACAAAUGCCGUGCUGGAGAGAAGAGGUGCCACGGCCGCUGUCAUCACCACGAAGGGCUUUAGGGAUACCCUGGACAUCGGAAGGAGUGGGCGCUACGAUCGAUACAAGCUUAACGCCAGAAUCGCGGAACCACUGAUACCUCGCUCACUGUGCUUUGAAGUAUCCCAGCGGCAUGCUGCUGAUGGCACAGAGCUUGAAGCCUUGAACGAAGCUGAACUGGAAGCACUUGCGCCGCAACUCCAAGCUCUUGGUGUCCAAAGCAUUGCUGUAUGCUUCUUGCAUAGCUACAUGAACAAUACACACGAGGAAAGGGCAGUGGCUGUCUUGAGACCGUUGCUGCCAGAUGUGUGGUUUUGCACCUCUAGUGCAGUCAGUCCUGAAAUUCGUGAGUAUGAGCGAUUCAGCACUGCUGCAGCAAAUGCGUACGUCCAGCCAUUGAUAUCUCUCUACCUGAAGGAGGCCCAAGGCUUGCUGCUGGAAUCUGGCUUUCUGUGCCCGUUGCUCGUAAUGACCUCUGGCGGUGGACUGAUGGAUGCUGACACGGCGGCACUGUUUCCUGUUCGCCUCAUUGAAUCCGGGCCUGCUGGUGGUGCUGUUUUGGCAGAGCAGGUGGCCAGAGAGGCCAAGGCGCAAGAAGUGCUAUCACUGGACAUGGGAGGCACCACAGCCAAGCUCUGUGCUAUCUCUAGAGGAAGAGCCGCCGUGACCCGCGCAUUCGAGGUCGACCGAGCCCGGCUUUUCAUGAAACACUCCGGGCUACCCUUGCAAAUUCCAUGCAUUGAUCUUGUCGAAAUCAGUGGAGGUGGCGGCAGCAUCGCUUCCCGAGACGCUGUGGCUAUGAGAGUUGGUCCACAGUCAGCGGGGUCCAAUCCAGGCCCUGCUUGCUACAAUCGCGGCGGAGACCUCCCGACUGUUACGGAUGCCGACCUCGUUCUUGGGUAUUUGACGGCAGGUUCGCUUGCAGGUGGCGAGCUUGACCUGAAGCUCGAGGCAGCAGAAGCCGCUUUGCAGAGUCUGGCGAAAGAUGAGCCAACUGAGAGGCUGGCUCAAUUUGUGUUUGAGGCCGUAGAGGAUUCUUUGGCCACGGCUGCCCGUGCGCAUGCUGCAGAACACGGUCUUGAGCUGCACAGACAUGUGCUUGUCGCUUAUGGUGGAGCCUCUCCUCUCCGGGCUGCAAGACUUGCUGAAAAGCUGCGGAUCAGAACCGUGUUGAUCCCCCCGGAUGCCAGCGUAGGCAGCGCAAUCGGCUUUUUCUCUGCUCCUCUUGCGUUUGAGGCACUCGAGAGUUGCGCGAUGAAGCUCUGUGCCUUUGACCACUCCAAAGUAAAUGCAAUUUUUCGUCAGCUUUGGCACAGAACAGUGUCAGUAGUUGCAGCUGGUGCUGCAAGGUGGAAGCCAGGACGGCCACCCAAAGAACUGCGUCGGGCCUACGCUCGCUAUGUUGGGCAGGGCCAUGAGGUCGCGAUAAAGCUUCCCAAUCAGGACAUGCAGGCUCAGGACGCACAGGUCCUGCGCCAGGAGUUUGAGGCAUCAUACAAGCGCCUAGGAUUUCUACCCCUGCCGGGUCGUGAGGUUGAAAUCUGUUCGUUUGCAUUGGAGGUGGUGGCCGAUGCAGAUCCGCUGGCUUGGCCAAUUGAGAGGCUUAAGGAGAAGCGUAAGGAGGCUGAUGCCUCCAUGCUCCAGGAGCUGGACGUGGAGUCCCCCACAGCGACACCCAGUGGCAGCCGGGCGAUGUAUUGCAGCCAAACGUGCCAGUAUCAGCUCGUGCCCACCUACUUUAGGAAAGAGCUUCAGGUCGGUGAGCGGAUUCCUGGGCCGGCUAUCAUUCUGGAGUCCUACACGACGACAAUCGUCACGGAGUCCUUCGACUGCUUUGUGUUGGCAAACAGGUUCCUUCAACUACAGAGUCGAGUAGACGGCCUGGCAGUAUCUCACCGACUUCCCUCAGGGAUGGAGCGAAGCGGCAUUGAGCUUGAGCUAGCUUGGACGCGUCUUCUCUCAGUUCUGGAGGAGCAGGCGCAUUUUGCAGUGCGUGGAGCCUUCUCGCCGCUCUUUCGAGAGUCAUUUGCCGUGACCUGUGCUGUCUUUGACGCAAACAAUCGGCUCCUGGCCCACAGUCAGACUUCUUCACCGAGUCUCCUCGGACUACUGAUGCAAGUUCUAGGUGACAGGCGCCGUGAGCUUGAGCUGGGCGGGAGAGAGAGCUCGUGGGUCGAGCUUGGGCGAGGAUGCCCUUCUACAAUCGUCGCGAUAAUGCCAUUCGCAGCGGAGGGAUUCAUUGCUUCUGCAGCCCAUCUGGCAGGAGUGACACAAGACUUGGGAACGGCAGUCUCCACCCAAGAAGCCGAUGCACUUGAUGGGCAGAUUUUGGAGCCCAUGCUGGCACAGGAAGCCUCUGUUUUGCUCGCCGCCAAUGGUUUGGGCAGCAAGCGCUUGCAGAACCUACUUCAAGAGUGGGAGACGAAUUUACCGCAGCUGGGUGACUACAUUGUGCAAGUCUCGCAGACGGCGGUUCUGAAGAAUCUGAGUCGAGUGCAUCAGGAGGACAAAUUAUCCUGCACUCGAGAAAUUCUUAUCCAAGAUGCACCUGCGUCUGAGACGGUCACACAGCGAGUGGGGUUGACAGCUAGUGUGCAUCCUUUGGCAUCGGAUAUAUUGGAGUGCAUGCUGACGGCAGUGCAGACGGCCCCGACCACGGGAACUGUUACCACCAAGGGGUCUUCGGCAACUAGCUGUAGGGCUUUUGCACAGUUUGCAUUUCUAAGCAUUUUCGGGCAGGGCGUGCCAGCCAACCACGGGUCCUUGAGCGUUUUCAGAGUGAACAUUGCACCCGGAUGUUUGCUGGACAUGCCGCGACAACAGCAGCAUGCAGAUGCAUCUACACUGGCCUACUUCCUGCCAGACUUGAUUUAUGGAUGUUUCAGAGUAGCACAAGAAUGCAUUUGCCCUCCUGCUGAAAGCUCUGCAAGCCUAUGCUGCUUGGAAUGGAGAGAACCAGGUCAGAGCCCAGGCAUCCAUAUUGAGGCGGGUGGAACAGGUGCACACAUAGAUCAAGAUGGUCUUAGUUCGACUAUCUUUCCGAGCGGCUUCAAAACCACACCUGUAGAAGUGAUGGAGCAGUCCGGAAUUCUCUUCAAACGCAAGAUGCUUAUACAGGAUUCUGGUGGUGCAGGAUGCUUUCGUGGCGGCUUGGGGGUUCGUGUGGAGGUUUCUGGGCCUGGCUCGAUGUCUUUCAGGUGUACGCAGGCACGUGCUGGUGAUGGGCCCGCGGGAAGAGAUGGUGGCCAUUCAGGCACGGUGGUCUCCUGCAAGACAGGAUCCGCAACCACAAAGAAUACUUUCCUUGUCGAGACCUCUGGGGGUGGUGGUUUUGGUUCUGCUGCGAAGCGCCCUCGAACACAUCUUCUUAACGACGUGCGUAAUGAAUACAUCUCCUAUGCUGCAGCUGCAUCGGAAUAUGGCCUGAAAGGUGAGGACUUGCCUGAAGAAGCAGCGGACAAAAAAGAGACCCUGCAAACAGGAUGGCUCAUCGGCAAAGGCGGCCGGACAAUCCGGGAGAUGCAAGAGAACAGCGGCGCUUUUCUUCAUGUCAUACGCGAGGAUGAGCCUACUCCUUUGCUAAAGCCGGGGGAUCGGCUCAUCGAGGUUUGCGGGCGCCUGGAGCGUAAGCUGGAGGGAAUCCAGGUUGUGUUGCGAACUGCAGACAGCAUGCCUGGCAAUGCGCCGAGAGAGACGCGCAUCAUUGUGCCUGAAGUUCUUGCUGUGCCGCCAAUCAUGGAUCAGGUUGCUGCCGCAUACAGCAGUUGCGUUGUUGAGAGGGAGCCUGGCCCUGCAUGCGAUGGAGAAGCCAUGCUGCUGAUUGCUGGGCCCAUCAUCUCGCGUAUCCAAGCGAUACAGGACUUUAUGUCCAAGACUGAUCGUGCGCACAUCGAGGGCAUUGUUGUAGCAAAAAGCAUUGAUGGCGAGAUUGUCGGCAAGGAUGGUCGUGCAAGGCGAGAGAUUCGAGAGGGCCUGGGCUAUGCUCCCAUCAACCCUCCUCCACCGAGAGAGCCCAACCCAUGGCUACUUCGGGACCCACAGUCACGAAGUGAGCCGGCGCAGCAGGCUGACUCCAGAAGCGCGCAGCCAUACACCGGGGCGGCGGAGCCCCUUCGAAGGAAUGGAGAUGUCAGGCCCUCGGAUCCAUGGCAGGUUGAAGAAUUGGAGGACAAGCGGGCGUCGGCCCGGACUGCCAUGGCCAAUGGGGAAAUCGACGACCUCCCGAUGCAUCAGAACCACGAUCGCGCAGAGGCUUUUGAACGGCUUGAACCGUCGGCCCAGGCCGGGGAGGAGUCCAAGGGCUUCGUUCCUCUGCCAGAGAGGAGAGCGGGAGAUGAAGGCGGGCAGAACCAUGACAGACUGGGCAGAGGCUUCGAUAUUGACGAGGCCGUGAAAGUCGCACUGACGUCUGCUGUUGAAGCCGCACCACAGGUGGAGGCCUUGCUCCAAAGUAGCUCAUCCACAGGCCACUUGCGGGGCACACUUUCCGUCCUCCUGGCAUCUGACGUCCUUUUCUCCACGCUUGUUCCCGAUGGUCACAUGCAGGAUCUGGCACAGAAAUGCCAGGUUCACAUUGACAUUAUCUCGGAUGCCUCCAUCCCCUCGUCGAUGCGACAGGUGGUCUUGACCGGAUCUUUGGCCAACAACGCUGCGGCUGCCUACUGGCUACAGGUCGGCACUGCUCGCCACCUGGUCUCGACCCGGUCGAGCCGAAGCAGUGGAAGGAGAGCCAUGAAGGCAGCAGAGUCUGCUGCCAGUGCCUGGAGCUUCGACGUGAAGCUUCUCACAGGAAUGCCUGCGCGCCCCGUGCAUGCACCAAACACUUCACACACCCACAGCAUGCAUCUCAGUGCGGUGUGCAGCUUGUGA